GCGAGUCGAGGAAGGUGGACUGUGAGCUUAGUUGGGAAGUACAAAAAUGUUUGACUUUUAGAAUACUUCAACUCUUGUGCUUGAGGUCGCUCCACUGAUUUUAAGAUGGAGUGUAAAUGUGACAACACUGAGGAUGUUUCAGGAUGGUGGAUGACUGGCAGCAACAUCCAGAUGGGAGCGUUCACCGUCUUUGGAUAUCUUCUCUACAGAUUCUCACAAAGUUAGUGACACAGAAUCCACUUCCUGCUCUGAUCCGCUGGCCGAUCCGUUUUUUUUGCUCCAUUACUGGUUUGUCGACUCUAUGGGGUUGGGUGAGCCGCAUCGUGGGGACUCUCCGUGGGAUCCAAAGCUUGUGUAAAUGGUUUUCACGAAUAUGGAAGUUUUUCAAAGCGCUUGCCUCCAAGUUCCAGUGGCUGAGUGACAUCAUCAACACCCUCACAGGGUCUACAGAAGCUGCCAGUCAUUCGAAACCAGAUCUCCGUCUGAUCCUUGUGGGCCCAGCUGGUGGAGGACGCACCUCUGUUGCAAACACACUUUUGGGCAGCAGAAUGCCACAUACUGCAGGAACAAUGGUGGAGAGCACCAGGAGAAGAACCGUGGUGGCCGGCAGUGAGGUCACAGUGAUCGAUACCCCUGACCUGUUGAGUCCUGCUUUGGGUACUCCAGAGAAAAUAAGAGAAGCUCUGCGGAGCAUUCAGCUCAGCAGUCCCGGACCCAACGCUGUCCUGCUCGUGAUGCGAGCUCCAGGUGCCAAUGGAGGGAUGGACCAUGAUGCAGCUCAGGCAGUCAAAACCAUCCUCCAGCUUUAUGAUGAGGACAUUGUAAACUACAUCAUCCCGGUUCUCACACAUGCCGACUGUCUUGAUCACACUCUGGAGGAUCUGCUGGACAGGGACACCGCAGGCCUGAGAAGAGCUGUGAGUCUGUGCGGUCAGAGGCCAGAGCUAGUUGACACCAAGCCCAAACAGUCCAGGGAGGCUCAGCUUGCCUCACAAAAAGCGCUGUUGGGUCGAGUGUUGGAGAUGAAGACACACAGGGGUCAUUUCAAACACCAGCUGCAGAUAAAGGAAGAGCAAAUGAGGGAGAAGCUGCUGAUGGACAUGACCCACGACGUGCUGAUGAAACAUGGUCUCAUGUAAACAUGACGUGCCAAGUGUGUGUCCAGAGGUCAUGACUGUAUUCACGGGUUUUGUGCGAGGAAUGCACACCGGAUGGUGUUCCUUGUGUAGCUAUACUUGUUCUUGGAAACACACCUCCUUCAGGAAACCAUUUGCUUUUGUGGGGACCCCUCAAGUUUGAGGCUCAA